AUGACAGCUGUAGUGGAGUCGCUGCAGCUUAUCCUCCUUGCCAUCGCGGUCAGAUGGGGUGAUGCCCUUCAUCGGGGAAUCCCGGUGCAGCAGCAAAACUAUGGCUAUGUGAUGCAGAUCUACGGUCCUCAAUUCCUGGCGGCCGGAUCGCUGUUCAGUGCCCGUUACGUCUUAACGGUGGCUCACUGUUUUAAGAAGAAUACCAAGCCGGAGGAGCUGUCAGUGCGCGCGGGGUACAGGUGGAUAGCCUGGGAGUUCAGGGGCAAACAAGUGGCGGGACUCCUGCGCCAUCCGAAGUUUUCACCUCUAACCCUGCGAAACGACAUCGCUGUGCUGAGGGUCAAGGCGGCCAUAUCGCAUUCCCACAUGAUCAACUACAUCGGCCUCUGCUCGCGGCCCUUGACCCCUCUUAACAUGUUCGCACCGCCGCAGGAGCUUGCAGGCUGGAAUUUGAUGCAUAUCGCUCAGCCCCUGAAAUCUAUGAGUGUUCAAGUGGAACCCGAGAAAAACUGUCGUCAAUGGUUUCCCCAGAUCUCGGGCGGCGUGAUCUGCGCCUCAGCCACGAUGGGAGAGGGGCUGUGCUAUGGGGACUCCGGGGAUCCUUUGAUCAGCGGAGGAGAAGUAUGCGGCCUGGCAAUAGCCUUUCGAAAAUGCGGAGAUAAGCGAUAUCCCGCCCUCUUUACGGACGUCCACUACCAUCGCGCCUUUAUUGCCCAAGCCGUACUAACCUUGGACAGGGAAAUGCUGAGCAAGUCACGGGGCUGAGUUGGGUGAACUAAUAUUAUACUUGUACUUAAAACUACGCCAAAAAGAUCACGUAAAACAUACCCAAUUGCAGCUGAACAAAGUGUGUUUGUGGUUAAAAGACUCACCUGCAAGAG